AGUGGCAUAGAAAGGAGUGGGGCUCUGCACCGGUAUUGUACCCGGGUUUUGCGAGACAACGUGGAGUGUGUACCGUAGGAUCUACAGAGUGUUGGUUCCCGUAAAACACUCGUCCCCCCUUCCCUUCCUUCUUUUUGUUUUUAUUUUUAUUUAGUGUCGGUGGUGGUGACCCACGCAGCCAGUGCCUGUGAGAAGCCCACCACCUCCCAGUGAACCCUGCGGGCCUGGCAGAGCCGAGUCAAUGAGUGAUACAGGCCUCUGGAGCGCUUCUGACACACGCAGCCCAGCAGCAGCAGCAGCAGCAGCAGCAGCAUAGCACAGCCUCAGACGCAGCCAUGAGCAAGCCCAGCGGCCUCAAGGCCCCCAGCAAGAUCGGCAGGGCAGCCGCCGGGACAGCAGCCAAGACAUCCGCAUCCACAGCGGCUGCCAAGCCUGCCGCAGCAUCAGAGGCACAGGAUGGCGCCGGUGACGGGGAAAAGUUCCAGGUGGGCGACCGCGUGUGGGUGAACGGCAACAAGCCCGGCGAGGUGCAGUUCCUGGGCGAGACGCAGUUUGCGCCGGGCCAGUGGGCCGGCAUCGUGCUGGACGAGCCCAUCGGCAAGAACGACGGCUCGGUGGCGGGCGUGCGCUACUUCCAGUGCGAUGCGCUCCGCGGCAUCUUCACGCGGCCUUCCAAGCUGUCGCGCACCGAGGGCGAGAGCAACGGCACCGAGACCGCGCCGCCAUCCCGAGCCUCGUCACCGACGCCGUCGCAGACCGGUGCCUCGCCGGCCACCCCCGUCGCCACCACCCCGGCGACCAAGAAACCACCCCCGGGAGCUUCCCCUGCAGGGGGGGUCACCACGCCCUCCAACCUGACGCGUGCCAACAGCGAGUCUGUGUCCAACCUGUCGGAGUCGGGCUCUGUGAAGAAGGGUGAACGUGAGCUAAAGAUCGGAGACCGUGUGUUGGUCGGAGGGACCAAAGCCGGGGUGGUCCGGUUCCUGGGCGAGACGGACUUCGCCAAGGGGGAGUGGUGUGGGGUGGAGCUGGACGAGCCGCUGGGGAAGAACGAUGGGGCUGUGGCUGGGACCAGGUACUUCCAGUGCCAGCCCAAGUACGGGCUCUUUGCUCCUGUGCACAAGGUGACCCGCAUCGGCUUCCCGUCCACCACGCCGGCCAAGGCCAAGACCACGAGCGCACGGAAGGUGGUGACCACGCCCUCUGGCCUGAAGCGGAGCCCCAGCGCCUCCUCCAUCAGCUCCAUGAGCUCCGUGGCGUCGUCCGUCAGCGGCAAGCCCAGCCGCACCGGCCUGCUGACGGAGACGUCGUCACGGUACUCGCGCAAGAUCUCGGGCACGACGGCGCUGCAGGAGGCGCUGAAGGAGAAGCAGCAGCACAUCGAGCAGCUGUUGGCGGAGCGGGACCUGGAGCGGGCGGAGGUGGCCAAGGCCACCAGCCACGUGGGCGAGGUGGAGCAGGAGCUCUCGCUGCUCAGGGAGGGCCAGGAGCAGUAUGUCAUGGAGAUGGAGGCCAAGAUGGACCAUCUGCGUACACUGGUGGAGGCAGCGGACAAAGACAAGGUGGAGCUGCUGAAUCAGCUGGAGGAGGAGAAAAGGAAGGUGGAGGACUUACAGUUUCGUGUGGAAGAAGCCUGCAUUACCAAAGGAGACCUGGAGACGCAGACCAGGCUGGAGCAUGCCCUUCUUAAGGAGCUAGAGCAGAGUCUGCUCUUUGAAAAGGCCAAAGCUGACAAACUCCAGAGGGAGUUAGAAGACUCUAGGGUGGCCACUGUUUCCGAGCGCUCCCGCAUCAUGCAGCUGGAGAGGGACCUCGCUCUGCGGGACAAAGAGGUGGCCGCCCUGCGCCAGCACCUGGAGUCGGCGUCUGGCGAGGGAGGCUCCGGCUCCGGCGCCGACCCCGCGGCCGGCGUGCUCCAGGAGGAGGUGGCCUCGCUCCGCGCGCAGCUGUCCUCGCAGGGCACCGAGCACCAGGCGGAGCUGAAGGACGUGCGCGAGCGGCUGGAGGCGGCGGAGCGGGCGCACGGCGAGGCGCUGGCCCAGCUGCAGGCGUCCUCGGGCCGCCUGAGCAAGGACAACGAGCAGCUCCGCGCCCGCGUGGCGCAGGCCGAGCAGGAGAACGCCGACGUCGUCGAGCUGUGGCGCUCCAAGCUCGCUUCGGCCAUGGCCUCCCACCAGCAGGCCAUGGAGGAGCUGCGGGCCACCUCCGAGAAGGGGGCCGGCGGGGCUUCGGCAGGGGAGCUGGUGGAGCUGCGCGGGGCUCUGGAGAGGCUGAAGGUGGAGCACAAGCUGGCGCUCGAGGAGGCCGGGGCGCAGCGGGACGCGGAGGCCGGAGCGCGAGCCCGGGAGGCGGAGGCGCUGAAAGGGCAGCUGCUGAGCCUGACGGAGGAGAAGGAGCGCCUGGAGGAGUCGCUGCGCAACAGCGUGGAGAGCGUCGAGGAGCAGCACCUGGUGGAGAUGGAGGAGGUGCUGGGCAAGCUGCACACGGCGGAGCUCAGGGUAAAGGAGCUAGAGGAGCAGACAGGGCAGCUAGGGCAGCAGGCGGAGGGCAAGGCCAAGGAGGCCCAGGAGCUGGCAGCCUCGCUCGAGGCGCUCCGCUCCCAGCAGACGCAAGGUAACCAGGACAUGCAGGGCAUCAGAGCCCAAAUGGACGGAGCUGAGACCAAGGCACGUUCUCAGGAGGCCAAGAUUAGCGAGCUCAGCUCGCAGCUGGAGGGCCGGCAGGUGGAGUUGGCGAGCCUGCAGCAGAGUCUGGCCUCCCUGCAGCAGGAGAAGGGCUCCCUAGAGCAGGAGCUCAGCAGCAUGAAACAAAAGCUUGUGGAUACCUCUGGUGAACAGACUAAAUCAGCACAAACUAUGCAAGAGUUGCAAGACAAACUGAAUUGUAAAGAGGAGCUGUGCACAUCUCUUUCCACUGAGUCAGAAGCGCUUAAAUCCCAAGUUGCUGGUCUGGAGAGGAAGCUCAAGGCUAGUGAGGAGAAGCAAGAUCAACUGAACAAGGACAAGGCCAAACUGGAGAACGACAUCAGUGAUAUGAUAAAGUCAUCCGGGGACAGUUCUGUCCAGCUGACAAAAAUGAACGAAGAUCUCACUCAGAAGGAGAGGCGGUUGGAGGAGCUGCAGACCCAGCUGGCGGAGCAGAGGGAGCGUGUGGCCCGGUCUGAGGAAGGCAGGAGGCAGGAGCAGACCAGAGCCGAGCAGGAGAUCGCUGACACCAAGGAGAAGCUCCAAGGAGAGGUGGCCAACCUUCAGGAGAAAAUCACUCAGCUGGAGAAAAAUGUGCAGGAAGCCCAGUCUAAGGCCCAGGAGGCUAAGGUGUCUGGUGAACAGGCUCUCGCUAAGGCCUCUGAGCUUCAUGCUAAGGAGCUGGAGGAGCUUUGUGCUCAGGCCGGGGUCACAAAGAAGGAUCUUGGCAUCUCUGCAGAUAAAAGCAAAAAGCUGGAGAAACAGGUGGAGGAGCUGUUAGUCUUUAAGGAACAGGCCAAGUCUCUCAAUGCUGACUUGACCUCCUCCAAGCAGGAGGCCGAACAGCUCUCUGCAGAGAUUGUGAACAUGAAGGCUGCGUCUGAGCGCCUAACAGAGGAGAUUCGAGAUCUGCAGGCUCAAAGAGAAACCAUAAAGAAACAGCUUUCUGAUUCCUUAGAGAAAGUCUCCUCUUUGGAGGUGUCUAACAAAGAGCUGUCUGCAAAGUAUGAUGACAUUAACACGCUCAAAGAAAAGCUCCUAAGUGAUAACAAAGAUCUGCUGUCAGGCAAAACCUGCCUGGACAAGGAGAAGUCGUCCAUCACUGCAGUUAAAGACCAACUUUCUCAACAGCUGAAAGAACUUAACAUCACCUUGGAAAAAAUAAAGGAUGAAAACACUGGUCUUAAGAACUUGGAAGCAAAGCAUCUGGCUGAAAUAGCAGAACUCCAAAAGGGAAAUGCUGAUAAGCAAGACGUUCUUAAGAAGUACCAGGAGGAGAUGAAACGGCAUGAUGCCAAAGAGACUCAACUGUCCAGUGAUUUUGAGAAGGCCUGUAGUGACAAGGAUAAGAUCAAAGAGGAGCUUGCUAAAAGCCUUAACGAUCUGAAAUCAUUAAAGGAAAAUUUAGAGAAUGAACAAAACAAAUUUGGGAAAGAAAAGAAGGCCCAAGAUGCAAAGAAUGCAGAACUCCAGUCCAUGCUUGAGUCCCUUACAUCUGAAAAGGAAGACCUUUGUGCAACCAAUACCCAGUUGCAGGUUGAAAAGGAGAACCUGAAUAAAGAGAAUAAUAAAGUAUCCACACAGUUGAAGGCUGCUCUGCUGGAGAAAGAGACUCUUGUUUCUGAUAAAGUAGAACUUCAAAAUAAGUUUAACACUACUAGCAAGGAUCUUGAAAAGGCCAUGCGGAACAUUACUGAGUUAGAAGCCUCUAAGAGCAGCCUGAUGAAAAUGCUGGAGGAAAUCAAGAUGAAUAGUGAGGCAACAGACUCUGACAAACUGAAGUUAUUGCAGGAAAAGGAAGACUUACUUUCCACAUGGAGAAAGGUGUGCUCUGAGAGAGAGGAGCUUGCAAAAGAGAAACUGGAGCUUACAGAAAGCCUACGCCAAACUGCAGAUGAGGUCAAGGCUGCCAAUGAGAAGAUCCAACAAGAAGCCACAACCUUCUCUCAAGAAAAGGACACUCUAUGUCUGAAGCUCUCUGAAAUGGAGAAGUCUCUGCAAUCCCUUCAGAAGGAGAAGACCAGCUUGGAAUCGGCGUUGGGCAAGCAGAAGGUCGAGAAGGAGCGUUUGGAAAAGGAGAAAGAGGAGUUGGUUGAGAAGCAUGAAAAGGAAACCUCUGAGAAGUCAUCCAUUACCAUUGAAAAAAAUCAGCUUUCCGAAGAAUUAUGUAAAAUGAAGGACCAUCUUGAGAGUUCCUCCAGGGACUAUACUGGUUUAGCCCAGGAAAAGGCCAAUCUUAUUGCUGAGUUAGAGGACACAAAACAAAAGAAACAAGAAGUUGAAGGUCAGAAAGCUACUUUGUUCCAAGAUAAGGUAAAUUUAGAAGCACAGUUGCAGAAACUUAGUGCAGAGAUUGAUUCUUUUAAGAAAGCCAAGGAACAGCUAACUGAUGAGCUUAUGAAGGUGAAGGAUAACAAACAACACUUGCAAGAAGAACAUGACCAUCAGAGGGAAGCUUUGUCAAAGGAACGGGAUAUUCUUCUUUCGGAGAAAGUAGAUCUUACUAAAAGUCUAGAGCAGCUUCAGAAGGACAAAGAAAGCCUGAAUCAACAAGUUCAAGAGCUCUCUUCUGAGAAAAAGUCUCUUAUAGAAUCGAAAUCCCUUCUCGAGGCUCAGCAGCAGACCUUGACCAAAGAAAAGAAUAAACUGUCUAGUUCCAAGGGUAACCUUGACAAAAAGGUUGAACAGCUUGAGAAACAAUUAGCCAGUUUAUCUCAAGAGAAAAAUACACUCGAGGAGUCAGAAUCUAAACUUAAAGUUGAAAUAUCUUCUUCCCAAACAGAAUUUAAAGCACUUACAACAGAAAAACAGAACCUAAUGAGUCAGUUUGAGCAGCUGAAAAUAUCUCAUGAAAAGGUGCUCUCUGAGAAGCAGAGCUUACUGGAUGAAAAGGCAGAGUUUGAGUCCAAAGUACAGGAACUUAGUCAGCAAGCUAUGUCUGGUGCUCAGACUGCGGAUAGUAUCUCUGCCAAUCUCAAGAAAGCCCAUGAAGAGAAAAAAGCUCUAGCUAAAGAGGUGAAAACCCUUAAAGCUCAGCAAAAACAGAGUGAUCAGGUGAGAUCAGACAUGGCAGUCGAGAAAGAACUCCUCUCUGGUAAAUUUGAAGACCUUCAAAGAGAGGCUGCUGCACUGUCCCAGGAGAGAGCCGACCUCCAGUCUUCCCGUGCCAGCCUAGAGAAGGAAGUCUUGUCCCUUCGCCAGACCCAGGCAACCAGUGAGAAGGAACGUUCAGAUCUUUUAAGUAGGUUGGAAGAUCUGAAAACCUCACACUCGCAGCUUGAGACAGACACUCAGACCCUUCGUGCCUCAAUGGCUGUGUUGGAACAGAAGCAGCGAGCGUCUGCAGAGACGGUCUCUUCAUCAUCCAAAGCCCAGGCUGAGCUGACAUCCACCCUUUCCAAGGUGCAGGCAGAGAAGGAGGUCUUGCUCAAGGAAAAAGAGGAGGCCAACCACAAACUUGCUCAGCUUGAGGCACAGUGCAAAAACACACUUGCAAAGCAGCUUGAGGCUGCAGAGAGCGCUGGUCAGACGGCCGAGGCUCUGGAGAGGCUCACCCAGGAGAAGGUCCGACUGCAGCAGGAGAGGAGCGAGGCCCAGGCCGUGGUCGAGGAGCUCAAGACUGCCCAGCAGAAGCUGCAGAGCCAGCUGGAGGCAGCGACGCAGCAGAGCUCUUCCCACCAGAAGGAGCUGACCCGGUCCAAAGAGCAGCUGAGCGCAGAGAACCAAAAGAACAGCAGCCUGUCCAAAGAGAUCGAGUCGCUGAAGUUGGCCGCCUCUGAGCAGGCCAGCUCCCUGGAGGCCCUGGAGAAGGAGAAGGCCUCCCUGUCCGAGCAGCUGGCCAGCAACCAGCAGGACCGCAGCAGCCAGGGGAAGAAGCUUGAAGAACAGUGUGCCACUCUCAGCAAGCAAGUCAAAGAGAUGAAGAAGAGGGAGAAUGCGCUUAAGAAGCAAUCAGAGGAGGAGAAAGCAGCGCUCCAACAAUCAGUCCAAAAAAGCAGUGCCUUGAUGACCGAGCGAGACAAGGAACUGGAGAAGCUGAGGGAUGAGCUUGCCGAGCUGCGCCGUGAGAGCGCGUCGGCUAAGGCGCUGCAGGCGGCCGUGGAGACGCUGGAGGCUGAGAAGUCUCGUCUGCAGGAGCACGUCUCCAGCCUGGAGAAGAGCCGGGCGGCCGCACCGCUCACCUCCACCGCAGCCUCGAGCACGGCAUCCAGCCCAGGUGACUCGUCUGUGGACCAGCUGAGAGAGGAGAAGGAAAUGGCCGAAAGUCAGAUUGAGUUCCUGAACUCGGUGAUCGUAGACCUGCAGCGUAAGAACCAGGAGCUCAAGUCUCAGAUGGAGAAGAUGGCCGAAGCGGCGCUGAACGGGAACAACGCAAACGAGCUGGACAACUACGACAGUCUGGCGGAGGGGCCCGCGAAGAAGAAGGCUCCGCCGCGGCUGUUCUGCGAUAUCUGCGACUGCUUCGACAUGCACGACACAGAGGACUGCCCCACGCAGGCGCAGAUGCCCGACUCGCCGCCUCACACCACCUACCACGGGAGCCGCGAGGACGAGCGGCCUUACUGCGACAUCUGCGAGGUGUUCGGCCACUGGACCGAGGGCUGCAACGACGACCAGACCUUCUAGAAGCUCCUCAACAAGACUCUCUCUGGAGGCUUUAUAGUUCACCUGCUGCUCUUUUUCUAUCUCUCUCCUCUCUCUCUCUCUCUCUCUCUCUCUCUCUCUCUCUCUCUCUCUGCACAAAGCAGCCUGCAAUACCUGCAAAAACACACGCCUCAUCAUCACACCUCGCACAAGAGUGUUGUGUGUCUAUAACUCUGUGUCUAUGAACACUGAGUGUGUGUGUGUGUGUGUGUGUGUGUGUACAGUGGAUGAAUGUGUGUUACGCAAGUGCACUCGGCCAUUCACACAAAGUCCCAAAGCGCUCUUACUGGGAGAUCAUCUCAAGAAUUAAGUCAAUCAACUUAGUCUGGUCGCCCGUUGCACACUUCCCUGACUGUUGUUUUGAAGACGGAAAGGCAGAUGGCACUCUAUAUCACCACACACAAAAAGAAAGUGCUCAAGAUUUCUUUUGGACUAGUACUUGAUAUGAAACACACAAGAAAAAGAAACAAUGUACAAUCCUUUCAAUGGGUUCUUUGAUAUACUUGUAUAUGGACUCGCACAGUUUUGUGUGUGUGUGCGUAUGUGUGUGUGCAUAUGUGUGUGUGUGCAUGGAGAGAGGUGACCUUAACUGUUGUGGUUAAAUGUCAUUUUGGGGGGUGGCUUGCUUUAGGGGGGUUUGGGGAGUCUGGUCUCUUUGGACUCUGAAACGCGUCCUCAUCCUGAAGAGGGUACAGUGAGGAAGAUGCCAUUUAUAUUCUAACGCACUGCACACUUUACCCCUCAACGUACCCUUGCGUGGAAAGACCUCGGUUCCCUUUCUGAAAUUGCCUUUCUGAGAACAAAGAAAUUAACGCUAUCAUUAUGAUGAGGAUAAAAUAUUUGAGAGAGGAUGGCAUUUGUGCUGUCACGUUUUAUGUAAGCUUUUCUUCGUUCUUUUAAAUGUUAUAUAUCUGUACAAAUCUAAUGAAAUAAAUACAUAUGUUUCAAUGAAGAUAUCUCCUGGACUGACUGUAAAGAUGAGUUUUGACAUGACUGUAAUUAUCACUUUUGUAAGCGAGGAAAAGAGCUCUUAACACCAUAACGAAUGCAUUUUCUUUUGCCUAUUGAGGGCGGAGUUGUCUUGGUGAAUUUUGUCCAGUAUGCUGUUGAAUGUGUAUAUAUAUGGCAAGCACUUGGGAAGAAUGCCAGUGUAAAGACAGCUUCUUUUUGAAGCAUUUUAGGCACUGAAUUUUUAUUCCAAAUAAAGGCAGGUGGUGUUUUUGUAAAUUCUAA